GAGAGAGAGAGAGUGAGAGAGAGAGAGAGAGAGAGACAGAGAGAGAGGGAAAAAAAUCCGCUACAAGAGGAAAAAACGCGAGAAAAGCGGAUUUGACAACAUGGCGUACUUUCCCCGGAAUAACUUUUUUCUGAGGAGCUGCUGAGCGUUUCUGCACAGCUCUGCAUGCCCUACUUUUCUCAGCUCGGUUCGAGCAGCCCAACAGCCAGAAAGUUUGAAGUGGCUAGCUAGGUUAACUCACAUCGCGGCCUGUCCUUUUUUUCGUCGUUCUGGACGGAAACUUUAUCAUGGGCUGAAAGUUUCGAGUCGGCAUUGUCGGAAAACUGAGCAGGACAGGAUGGAGAAACAAGGGACGAGACGAGAAAAGUUUUCACUGUUUGGGCCACGGUCACUGGGGAGGGCGGUGCACGCAGUAGCUGAGGGGCCUGGCCUGAGCAAGGCCGAGUUCAUGGAGAAGGUGCGGCGGAGCAACGAGGCGUGCCAGCUGGGUGACUUCCAGACAGCCGUGAAGCUGUAUGGAGAGGCCCUGCGGGCCGACCCACAAAACUGCAUCCUUUACAGCAACCGCUCGGCUGCCCACCUCAAACUUGGCCAGUACCAGACCGCCCUGGAUGAUGCAGUCAAGGCACGCCUGCUAAACCCCAAAUGGCCUAAGGCAUACUUCCGACAGGGUGUUGCCCUUCAGUACCUGGGUCGGCAUGCAGAUGCUCUGGCUGCAUUCGCCUCUGGCCUGGCCCAGGACCCCAAGAGCCUGCAGCUGCUGGUCGGCAUGGUGGAGGCUGCCAUGAAGUCGCCACUACGAGAGUCAUUGGAGCCCACAUAUCAGCAGCUGCAGAAGAUGAAGCUGGACAAAAGCCCAUUCGUGGUGGUGUCCGUAAUCGGCCAGGAGCUGCUGACCGCCUCCCACCAUGGUGCCUCAGUGGUGGUCUUGGAGGCAGCACUAAAGAUUGGCACCUGCAGCCUGAAGCUGCGUGGCUCCGUUUUCUCCGCCCUCAGCAGUGCCUACUGGUCACUGGGCAACACGGAGAAAAGUACCGCCUACAUGCAGCAAGAUCUGGAGGUGGCCAAGACUUUAGGUGACCAGACGGGCGAGUGCAGGGCCCACGGGAACCUGGGGUCAGCCUUCUUCUCCAAGGGCAAUUACCGCGAGGCCCUGACCAACCACAGACACCAGCUCGUCCUGGCCAUGAAGCUCAAGGACAGAGAGGCAGCGUCGUCAGCUCUCAGCAGUCUGGGCCAUGUCUACACGGCUAUCGGCGACUACCCCAAUGCUCUGGCCAGCCACAAGCAGUGCGUCUUGCUGGCCAAGCAGUCCAAGGACCAGUUGGCGGAGGCACGCGAGCUGGGUAACAUGGGCGCCGUCUACAUUGCCAUGGGAGACUUCGACAAUGCCGUGCAGUGCCACGAGCAGCAUCUAGGCAUCGCCAAGGCACUGGGUGAUAAGCGCGAGGAGGCACGUGCCUACAGUAACCUGGGCAGCGCCUACCACUACCGCCGAAACUUUGACAAGGCCAUGUCCUACCACACCCACGUUCUGGAGCUGGCCCAGGAGCUGGAGGAAAAGGCAAUCGAGAUGCGGGCAUAUGCUGGCCUGGGCCAUGCCGCCCGCUGCAUGCAGGACCUGGAGCGGGCCAAGCAGUACCAUGAGCAGCAGCUCAGCAUCGCUGAAGGCUUGAAGGACCGUGCCGCCGAGGGCCGCGCCUCUUCCAACCUGGGAAUCAUCCACCAGAUGAAAGGAGAUUACGAAACAGCUUUGAAACUGCACAAAACUCAUCUCUCCAUUGCCCAGGAGCUGAAUGACUACGCUGCCCAGGGCAGAGCCUACGGCAACAUGGGCAAUGCUUACAAUGCUCUUGGUGCCUUUGACCAGGCUGUGCGGUACCACAGACAAGAGCUGCAGAUCUCCAUGGAGGUCAAUGAUCGUGCCUCACAGGCCUCCACUCAUGGUAAUCUGGCCGUGGCCUACCAGGCCCUGGGAGCACAUGACCGAGCCCUGCAGCACUAUCAGAACCACUUGAACAUUGCCCGUGAGCUCCGCGACAUCCAGAGCGAGGCCCGAGCCCUGGGAAACCUGGGGAACUUCCACUGCUCACGGGGAGAGUUCCCUCAAGCUGUGCCCUAUUACGAGCAGUACCUGCGGCUCUCGCCCGACUUGCAGGACAUGGAGAGUGAGGGCAAGAUCUGUCACAACCUAGGCUAUGCACAUUAUUGCCUGGGCAGUUUCCAGGAAGCAGUCAAGUACUAUGAGCAGGACCUGGCUCUGGCCAAGGAUCUACAUGAUAAGUUGAGUCAAGCCAAAGCCUACUGCAACCUAGGCCUGGCCUUCAAAGCCUUGGGUGACUACAACAAGGCUGAAGAGUGCCAGAAGUACCUUUUAUCUUUGGCCCAAUCUCUUAACAACUCACAGGCCAGGUUCCGCGCUCUGGGAAAUUUAGGUGACAUCUUUCUCUGCAAGAAGGACGUGCCUGGUGCUGUGAAGUUUUAUGAGCAACAACUGGCGCUAGCACAUCAAGUCAAGGAACGUAAGAUGGAGGCCAAUGCCUAUGCUGCUUUAGGUGCUGCAUACCGGAUGCUGCAGAAAUACGACAAGGCCCUUGGAUACCACACACAAGAGUUGGAAGUUUACCAGGAGCUGGGGGACAUCCAAGGCGAGUGCCAGGCCCACGGGCAUCUUGCGGCUGUCUAUAUGUCACUAGGCAAGUACAGCAUGGCCUUUAAGUGCUACGAGGAGCAGCUGGAGCUGGGCCAACGGCUAAAAGACCCCAGUGUGGAGGCCCAGGUCUAUGGGAACAUGGGCAUUACAAAGAUGAACAUGGGCGUGAUGGAGGAUGCGAUUGGCUACUUUGAGCAGCAGUUGGCCAUGCUGCAGCAGCUCAGCGGCAAUGAGGCGGUGCUGGAUCGCGGCCGUGCCUACGGCAACUUGGGAGACUGCUAUGACUCACUAGGUGACUACGAGGAGGCCAUCAAGUACUACGACCAGUACCUGUCGGUGGCGCAGAGUCUUAAUCACAUGCAGGACCAGGAGAAAGCCUACAGGGGACUGGGAAAUGGACACAGGGCCAUGGGCAACCUGCAGCAGUCUCUGGUGUGCUUUGAGAAGCGCCUGGUGGUGGCCCAUGAACUGGGUGAGUGCGGCGGGAAGGCACAGGCCUAUGGAGAGCUGGGCAGCCUGCACAGCCAGCUCGGCAACUACGAACAGGCCAUCUCCUGCCUAGAGCGCCAGCUGGCCAUCGCCCGCGACACCGCUGACCGGCUGCUGGAGGGCCAGGCUAGCUGCGGCUUGGGUGCUGUCUACCAGCUCAUGGGUGAAUAUGACACAGCAUUGCAGUUCCACCAGCGUGACCUGCAGAUCGCAGAGGAGACAGGCAGCGCCAGCUGCCAGGGACGGGCUUACGGCAACUUGGGUCUCACCUACGAGUCGCUGGGUAACUUUGAACGUGCAGUGGUGUAUCAGGAGCAGCACCUGAGCAUCGCCGCACAAACCAACGACCUGGCGGCCAAGACGCAGGCCUACAGCAGCCUGGGCCGUACCCACCACGCCCUGCAGAACUACUCUCAGGCUGUCAUGUACCUGCAGGAAGGUCUGCGUCUGGCGGAGCAGCUGGGCCGGCGCGAGGAUGAGGCCAAAAUCCGCCACCGUCUGGGGCUCUCUCUGUGGGCCAGCGGCAACCUGGAGGAGGCCCAGCACCAGUUGUACCGUGCCUCUGCUCUGUUUGAGACCAUUCGCCAUGAGGCUCAGCACAGCACCGACUACAAGCUCUCCCUGUUUGACCUUCAGACUUCCUCAUACCAAGCUCUCCAGAGAGUCCUUGUCAGCCUUGGUCACCAUGAUGAGACGCUGGCGGUGGCAGAGCGGGGCCGCACACGGGCCUUCGCCGACCUGCUGGUAGAGCGGCAAACGGGCCAACAAGAUUCCGACCCCUACACACCUGUCACGGUGGAGCACAUCCUGGACACUGUCAACAGCCAGCGGGCCCUGGUGCUCUACUUCUCACUGGCGGCUGGCUAUCUGUACAGCUGGCUACUGGCCCCUGGCUCAGGUAUCCUGAAGUUCCAUGAAGUGUAUCUGGGUGAAGGAGCAUCCGAGAGUGGGGCAUCUGACUUCCAGGAGGCUGGAGGUGGCUCUCUGCAGGCAGGCGGUGGGGGCGGUGGUGUAUCUUCACUGGAGCAGCACAUCGCUAAUGCCCGCGAAGCCCUGGGAGUUGACUCCUACUACAGCAGAGCGUGCUCCAGCAGUGAGACAGAGAGCGAGGCAGGCGAUCUCUUGGACCAGCAGUUUGAGGAGCUCAACAACAAGCUCAACUCAGUCACCGACCCCACUGGCUUCCUUAGAAUGGUGUCCAGGAACAACCUCUUCAACAGGAGCUGUCAGAGUAUGACCAGUCUGUUCAGUAACACAGUGUCUCCAGUAAAAGAGGGAAGCUCUUCUCUCUCCCGCCGCCCCAGUGCCCUCAGCAAGCCUCCUCUUCGCGCCCUCUAUGACCUCCUCAUCGCUCCUAUGGAAGGGGGCCUCAUGCACUCCAGUGGUCCGGUGGGCAGGCACAGGCAGCUGGUCCUGGUUUUGGAGGGUGAGCUCUAUCUCAUCCCAUUCGCUCUGCUGAAGGGCAGCUCCUCCAACGAGUAUCUGUAUGAGCGAUUCAGCCUCAUAGCUGUGCCUUCCAUCGGCAGCCUGGGGGCCACUGCCAAGGUUCAUCCCCGACGUGCAGGCCCAGCACUGUGCAGUGGAGGCAGCUCCAUGGCAGCAGUGGUGGGCAACCCUCGCCUCCCAGCAUCAGUAAUGGAUCGCUGGCUGUGGGGUCCGAUGCCAUCAGCUGAGGAGGAAGCCAACAUGGUGGCUGAGCUCCUGGGCUGCCAGCCCCUGGCCGGCCCGGCCGCCACCAAAGAGCGUGUGAUGAGUGCCCUGAGCCAGGCUGAGUGUGCCCACUUCGCCACACACAUCUCCUGGAAACUAGCUGCUCUAGUUCUGACCCCAAGUCAAGACGUGUGUUCUGCGUCCGGGGCCACUGCUUCUUGUGGGGCGUCUGGGAGCGCAGAGGGUGUUGGAAAGUCCAGCUACACCAUCCCGGAGAGCCUGCGUGUGCCGGAUGACGCCAGUGACGCAGAGAGCAUCUGUGACAGCCCACCUCUGCAGGAGUUCCUGCUCACAGCCGCCGACAUACUGGACCUCAGACUGCCCGUCAAACUAGUGGUGCUGGGGUCCUACCAGGAGUCAGAUAACAAGGUGACGGCAGACGGCGUGGUGGGACUCACCAGGGCUUUCCUAGCCGCAGGAGCUCAGUGUGUGCUGGUUUCUCUCUGGCCCGUGCCUGUGGCUGCCUCUAAAAUGUUUGUCCAUGCCUUUUACACGGCCCUGCUCAAUGGCACUAAAGCCAGCGCUGCUCUCGCAGACGCCAUGAAAACGGUUCAGAGCAGCAAGCAGUUCUCUCACCCGUCCAACUGGGCAGGAUUUAUGCUGAUCGGCAGCGACGUGAAACUAAACAGCCCUUCAUCCCUGAUUGGCCAGGCCCUGGCCGAGAUCCUGCAGUAUCCAGACAAAGCCAGAGACGCCCUGAGAGUCCUACUGCACCUGGUGGAAAAAUCUCUUCAGCGAAUUCAAAACGGUCAGCGCAACUCCAUGUACACAUCCCAGCAAAGCGUGGAGAACAAAGUUGGUGGUGUCCCUGGCUGGCAGGCUCUGCUGACCGCUGUGGGCUUCCGACUGGACUCGGCUGGCACUGGCCUUCCUGCUGCCGUCUUCUUCCCCACAGCCGACCCUGGAGACCGACUCCAGCAGUGCAGCACCACGCUGCAGUCCCUGCUAGGUCUUCCCCCUCCUGCUCUUCAGGCCCUAUGUAAACUCAUCACUGCCUCCGAGACAGGAGAGCAGCUUAUCAGCAGGGCUGUUAAAAAUGUAGUGGGAAUGCUUCACCAGGUGCUGGUCCAGCUGCAGUCUGGAGAGAAGGAGCAGGACUUCUCACUGGCGCCCAUCCAGGUGUCCAUCAGUGUGCAGCUUUGGAGGCUGCCAGGCUGCCAUGAGUUUUUGGCUGCUCUGGGGUUUGACCUGUGUGAGGUCGGUCAGGAGGAAGUGGUGCUAAAAACUGGCAAACAGGCAAACCGCCGCACCAUGCACUUUGCCCUACAGUCUCUGUUGGCCCUUUUCGACUCCACAGAGCUGCCCAAGCGCCUGAGUCUGGACAGCUCUUCCUCUCUGGAGUCACUGGCUUCAGCUCAGUCUGUAUCCCACCAGCUGCCACUGGGCUACCCCAACCCUCCCUUUUCCCCUCCCUGCCCUGAUAGCCUGGCCUCGGACGCCAUCUCCGUCUACAGUCUGAGCUCCAUUGCCUCCUCCAUGAGCUUCCUGUCGCGGCCUGAAGGCGCCUCAGACAUCACUGGCCAGCAGCUGGAGCGCCACCGGGGCCUCUUUGCCCCCCAGCGCCAUGCGGCUGUCCCCCGUAGGUCUUCCCCCCACGGUGCUGCUGCUGGCGGCCACGACGAUGAAGAGUAUGAAGGCUAUAGCAUCAUCAGCAGCGAGCCUCUGGGCAGCCAUUGCGACACACUUCCCCGGCCAGCAGGGGCCAGGCAUCAUCGUGGUGCAACCCGUGGAGGGGCAGGCAGGGGCUACGGGGCUUCUGUGUCCUCCAGGGGAAGCGUCAGCACCCCAACCUCACCGGUGAAGGCCAGCCUCGUGCCCAGUCCGAACUCACCUUUCCAAAAAGUGGGUAAAGUGAGCAGCUCAGACACGGGUGAGUCGGAUCAGUCCAGCACCGAAACUGACAGCACUGUGAAAUCACAGGAGGAGCGGCCGCCAGGUGCACCUCUGGACCCACAGGAGCUGGCGCAGAAAAUCCUGGAGGAGACCCAGAGCCACAUGCGGGCUGUGGAGACCCUACAUAGGAGCGCCAGGCAUGCGGCUGCCAGUGAUGGGACUAGGGCCGGAGAUGCCCCCACUCCGACCGGAGGCUCUGCGUUCCGCUCGUCAGAAACCAGCGCUUUCAGCAGGCCCAGCAGCAGAGCUAGCAUUAAAGCCCAGUCCUCGCCUGUCCCCAGCCGCCCCAAACCUCCCUCCCGCACCUCCUCCCUGCAGAAGAUCAGCUCUGGCUACAACAGCCCAGCCACCUCAGAUACAUCACUGAAGGACGGCAGCCAGCCAUCGCCCACCUCCGAUGGCCACAGCCAGUUCAAGCUCAAGUACCCCAGCUCACCUUACAGCGGCCACAUUUCACGCUCCCCCAGCAAUAUCUCACCCAGUUCAGGCCAUCAGUCACCUGCUGGUAGCGCCCCUUCACCUGCUCUCUCCUAUUCCUCCACCGGCUCCACCCGCUCCAGCCCGGCCGACGCCCCGGACCUCGACCGACUCAGGCUGGCCGCCAUCGAUGAGAAAGUACAAGCCAUUCACAAUCUUAAAACCUUUUGGGCAAGUGCUGCUCAGCAGCAGCACUCUGGCCCAAUGAGGGCCCUGCGGGGUGGAGCCAAAAUGAGUCCUGCUCAAAGGGAUGUCCUUGGCCUGCUCAACCUCUCCCCCCGCCACAGCACAGGUCAGGACCUGCCUGGCCAUGAACUGCAAGACAUGGGGCUUCAGUCUCUGGAGCGCAGAAACCCACCUAAUGGCCAUCGUAAGAUUGACCCAAAAAGAGUCAUCCCCUCACCCACCACGUCCACCGGUAGCAGCCCCGGCUCCCACCCCAUUAGACUGCCCACAGGAAACGGGUAUAAAUUCCUGUCGCCUGGGAGGUUCUUUCCUUCGUCUAAAUGCUGAAAAGGUCUCUCCCUGUGUUCUCCUGAUUUUUCUCGAAAUGGUGGAGGUGGAAUGUUCGGGUGUUCACCAGUCCUCUGGAGACAGUGGCUAGGACAGGCUAGGUUCUGACGUAGAGCCUCAUUCUGCCCACUUUUUCAGACUGACCAGAGAGCAUAUAAUCCUUAUGCUUCCACCUACACUGUAAAGAACCAUUGAUAUAUGCAGACUGACCUUGAGAACUGACCCAUGUCAGGAAAAAAAAAAUUAUACCAAAAUGGUAUUCUUACAAAAGACGCUCGCUGUUUGUGUUAGUGAAGACCACAUGGCUUUGUCUGGUUUGUUUCAUUUGAUUUUGGUUUUCAUUUUUAAUAUAAUUAUUGUUAUUGUUAUAAUUAUGGAUUGUAAUUGUUAUUACAGUUAUUUGUUUUGUAAAUUAAAUCAAGUGUUUUGCAAUCAGUAUUAUACGUUUUUAUAUUAUUAAAGAGGCAAACCAUGCACAAAAAAGUUGAACAAACAUUUUCAUAUUUUUAUUGAAAUGGUGAAAAAUGCAUCUGACCCAACUUCUAUGUGAACUGAGUGUCAGUAUUAAAGCAUGGGGUUCUCUUGCUAUUCAGUGAUUCAAUGUCUUUUUAACAGAGAUUUUGCAUAUGUUCUCAUCCAGAAAUAUCUCAGUCAUUUCUCAGUAAAAUGUCUCAAUAAAAGGAUUUAAUUUA